GGGCUGCAGCGGUUUUUGCAGUUUGCUCGCCAUCGCUGCCCACUGAAGCGCCUACGGAAUUAUGGUAGUCAAAGCAAAGAUGGGGAAUAUGGCAAGCAGAUUUCAGUCCUCUAAGGGACCAGAGGAAACCGGCGAAAGCAGCCGCAAACACAGGUGCGAUUGGAAGAGGAAACGGAACGCACAGUGUGACUGUGAGGAUGAGAAGGAGGAUGACGACCCCAUUCAAGAUACACCGCGCAGGCAAAAACUGAAAAGUACCUCCAAUUACAUUUAUCAAACGUUGUUCCUGAAUGGUGAAAACAGCGACAUUCGCAUCUGCGCGAUGGGACAAGAAUGGAACCUUCAUAAAUUGUACCUGUGCCAGUCGGGAUAUUUCUCCAGCAUGUUCAGCGGCAGUUGGAAGGAGUCCAACAUGAUGGAAAUCAACGUGGAGAUACCUGACCAGAACAUUAGCAUAGAAGCUCUGCAUGUUGUCUUUGGAUCCUUGUACCGUGAUGACGUUCUCAUCAAGCCCAGUGGUGUUGUCAGUAUACUUGCAGCUGCUUGUAUGCUACAGCUGGAUGGUUUGAUCCAGCAGUGCGGCGAGACAAUGAAGGAAAACAUCAGCGCAAAGACUGUGUGCAGCUACUACACGUCCUCUUGCAUCUACGGCUUGGAGUCCGUCAUGAAAAAAUGUCUGGAGUGGCUUCUAAACAACCUCAUGACGCACCAAAAUGUGGACUUGAUGAAAGAAAUUGGAACGGACAUGAUGGAGCAGCUCAUCCAGUCAUCGGACUUGUUCGUCAUGCAAGUGGAGAUGGACGUCUACACUGCUCUAAAGAAGUGGAUGUUCCUGCAGCUCAACCCUAUGUGGGACGGACCCAUUAAGCAGCUUCUGGCCGAUGCCGAUGCCUGGCUGUGCAAGCGCAGGAAUGACCUGUGCUCAACAGACCUGUGUGCGGGGAUGCCCUUCCUAGAUACAGAGGAGGGUGCCCCCUUUCUCUCUGUCUUCAAAUACGUGCGUCUCCAGUACAUCAUCAACGACCUCGCUUCGGCACGCAUUCUGGAGCGUGACAACAUUUUUUCUCGUGAUUGGUUAACAACAAUAUACAAAACGCAGUGGUUUGCCAUGUUGCGGACAGAAUUUGACAAUGAUAAUGGUCCGCAGGAAGUCAACAAAGAGGAGCUCGAGUUAUGCAGCAUGAGGUGUGGCAGGAAACUGACCAAAGAUGGAGAUUACUGCUGGCGAUGGACUGGUUUCAACUUUGGCUUCGACCUGCUGGUGACCUACACCAACCGCUUCAUCAUCUUCAAAAGGAACACACUAAGUCAGCCAUGCGGGGGCGCUGUGAGCUUGCAGCCCCGGCGACACCUGGCAUACAGGUUACGCUUAGCCUCCUUUGAUAAUCUUGGCAAGCUAGUGUGCAGCCGCUCUACCGGUUACCAGCUUCUCACACUUGAGAAGGACCAGGAAUACGUGGUAAUGAACCUGGACAGUCGCCUGCUGUCCUUCCCGCUCUACGUGUGCUGCAACUUCCUGUACACGUCAUCGUACGCGGACCACCGGCCGGACCCCUCGGAUCAAGAGGGAAGUGCCCGCAGCAUAUCCUGAUCGACUCGCGGUAGCUGCCACCCGUUCCUGUGGUAACGUUGGCACUGUUUGUACGGUCCGCCGGGACUUUCAACAUCACAUAUUUUAUCACCUGUAAGCCAGCGAGGGGAACAUGUCUCUGAUGUGUCACAUGGAGGCCGGUGUCAUUCCAUUUUAGCAUGAAGCUGCAUACGUCAAUAUGGGAACUUUCCAUUCGUACACUUAUGUUGACGACACCGUGUUCCACAAACCAGUCACCUCACUUCAUUGACGGGAACAUUGAUGGGACUGUCCCACGGACUUCUGGAAGUCAGAAAACGGCGACAUUCCCCCUUUACCAUCUGGGCAUCACAAAGCAGGAAUUUCUGGAAUUGCGCCUUUUCUUACCAAGAGGUAAAAUACUAUCACAGCAGCAGCUGUUUUAAUAAGAUAAGUGGAACUGUUACAAUUUGCUGUGAAAUGAAGAUGUGGUGUUAAUGGACACAAUCUACACCUCAACAGUUUCUUGUUUUCACCUUGUAAGUACAUCUUAAAUGUGUAAAAUAAAAAACUAACUCGUAA